CGGGAGCGGUCAGGCGGCAGCGCCCCGCCGCGGGCAGGGGAAGCCGGGGCCGGGCUCUACGCGAGGCCGGGGGGGCGCGGGGCUGCGGGCCGCCGGAGCUGGAAGGCGGAGCGUGGCCGGGAGCUGCUUCGCCGAUGGGAAGCAUCGAAGCGAGCUGCGUCUCUGCUCGGCCCUCCGUGUGGAGCAUGUAAACGAACACCGCUGCGACCCGACCAAGGUUAGCAUGUGGAGGCUGGCAGCUCGUGUCCUUCUGGGGACCAAAGUCCACCUCGUGACCCGACGCCUGCUUGCUGGGGCUGCAAACCUGCAGUGCUGCUGGUGGAGGACGGCACGGAGGACUCACACGGGUUACAUGAGUGCGGGGAUACGGAAAGUGGAGGCUCCAGAUGCGGAGCACCUCAUCCGUGUGCAGUGGGAGGAUGGAAGUGAGAGCUGCUACCCCUGCGUCUGGCUGCGGGACAACUGCCAGUGCCCACACUGCUUCCUGCACUCUGCCAAGGCCCGCAAGCUGCUCUUCGAGGACCUGGAUGUUGACAUCGUGGCCAAGGAAGUCACUCUGACAGACAGGAAAAAGAUAUUUAUCACGUGGCCCGAUGAACACACAAGCGAAUAUGAAGCUGAGUGGUUGAAAAAACGAUGCUUCUCUGAAGCAGCCAGAGCAGAAAUGCGAGAAGAUUUAUUUUUACCAGAACAUCAGUACUGGGGCUCCGACCUACAGCUUCCCAAAAUACCUUUUGAAGAAAUCAUGUACGAUGAUGAGAGUGCCUACAAGUGGCUGUGCACCCUGAAGAAGAUGGGAGUUGUGCUGCUAACAGGAGCUGCUGCAAGGCAGGGAGAGUUGGUGAAGCUUGGCCACAGGAUUGGUUUCCUGCGUCUCACUUUUUAUGGGCUGACUUGGCAAGUGCAGGACAAAGCAGAUGCCAACAAUGUGGCUUACACGACAGGGAAGCUGUGCUUUCACACCGACUACCCUGUCCUGCAGCAUCCACCUGGGGUUCAGUUUCUCCACUGUAUUAAACAAACAGCCACAGGAGGUGAGAGUGAAAUUGUAGAUGGAUUUCAUGCAGCUAACAAGUUGAAGCACCAAAAUCCUCAAGCUUAUCAGAUCCUGACCUCUACUGCUGUAGACUACACGGACAUUGGGGUUGACUACUGUGAUUUUGCUGUGCAGGGUAAACAAAGGAUCAUAGAUGUGGAUUACAGAGGCCAAGCAGUUCGCAUCAAUUUCAAUAAUGCAACAAGAGACACAGUGUUUGACAUACCAGCUGAAGAAGUGAGGCCAUUUUAUGCAGCUCUGAAGGAAUUCAAUGAUUUAUUAAACAGCACAGAACACAAGUUUACUUUCAAGCUGAAACCAGGAGACAUAGUAACGUUUGAUAACUGGCGCGUGCUGCACGGCCGCAAGAGCUAUCAGUCAGGCUCUGAAGUGACACGGCACCUCGAGGGCGCCUACGCAGACUGGGAUGUGGUCAUGUCGAGGCUCCGGCUCCUCCGAAAGAGGGUCCUCAACAGGGACUGAGUUUUUUCCUGCUGAUUAGAACAAGCAAAACUAGAUUGCCUACCCUCAAAAAAAAAAAAAA